AUGAAGUCCAUCAGUGUGGUAGCGUUGCUGGCAUUGGCCGCGUUUGCCGGUGCCGAGUGGAUCGACAUCGAUUGGUCGCAGGUGAAGCCGAUCGAUCAGUUCGAUCACUACUGGAGUCGUCUGCCGGCCGAAUUGCAAGUGCUCCGGAAUGCAGUUCCUUCCCAGCGUAUCGUAAAUGGAGUGGAAGCCCUACCCGGUCAGUUCCCGUACCAGAUUGCGUUGCUUAGCAACUUCGCCACGGGAACCGGUUUGUGCGGUGGAUCUGUCCUCACAAAUAACUUCAUCCUGACGGCGGCUCACUGUGUCGUUGGAGGAAAUGAUGCGCUGGCCACCGGUGGAACGGCCAUCUUGGGGGCUCACAAUCGCAUUGAAGUGGAACCGAGUCAGCAGCGUAUCGCCUUUACUCAGGCUGGCGUCUUCGUGCACCCAGGUUACCUUGCAUCGACGAUCCGCAACGAUAUCGCCACAGUUCGCUUGAACAGCCCAGCCCAGUUCAAUGCCCGCGUCCAGCCCAUCCGUCUGCCAGCUCGUUCCGAUGGUCGUACGUUCGCUGGAAUGGAGGGAACCGCUUCCGGAUUCGGUCGUACGUCCGAUGCCAACCCGAAUUCCGCUGCUGUCAUCAGUUUCACGCGCAACCCGAUCCUCUCGAACGCUCAGUGCAACACAUUCUGGAGCACCACGUGGGUGCAGGAUCAGAAUAUUUGCCUCAGUGCGGUUGGAGAUCGCACGAUCUGCCACGGUGAUUCCGGUGGUCCACUGACCAUCCAGGAUGGUGGCAGCAGUGUGGAGGUUGGAAUUUCUUCAUUCGUUUCGGCCGCCGGUUGUGUGUCCGGAAUGCCGUCGGCCUUUGUGCGUGUUUCCUUCUACCGGGACUGGAUCGCACAGAACUCGGAUUACGUAUUCGCAGCAUAA